AUGUAUUUCAGUGUGGACAGGAAGAAAGGCUUGAAGAUAGGAGAGACAUACACAAACGACUAUCAGGCAAAAGAGUUCAUACACUACAUAGCAGAGGAUGAGAGAAGAAAGAUGAGGGCAAGAUUAUCAGAUGGCAAGUUCAUCUCGGUCAUGUCAGAUGGAUCCCUCGACAGUGCAGUGAUGGAAGAAGAAAUGGUCUACGUCAGGAGUGCCAGUGAGGGGAAGGUCAAAGUUGAUUUUGUCGGGGUAAAAGCUGUCUCAAAGCCAGAUGCUACAAAUAUAGCUGAAGCAGUGUGCAGUAUAAUGGAAAGUGGAGUCAGCACUGAUUGGAAGAACAAGCUAGUGGCAAUCACCACAGAUGGAGCAUCUGUAAUGACAGGAGUAAACAAUGGUGUGGUUGCAAAACUGCGUGCAGACAGACCAAAUGUGCUGGGGAUCCACUGCAUGGCCCAUAAGCUAGAGCUUGCCUUCUCAGACGGAAUAAGGAAAAAUGUAAUGGCCAGGAAAGUUGAGGAACUCUUGAGUGGACUCUACACCUUAUAUCAUAAGAGUGGAGUGAACAGGGCCAGCCUAAAGCAGCACUUCAGGGAGCUCCACAUGAAGGCUCUGAUGCCAACCAGAUCCCAGGAGGCCACGAACGUCAAUGCUGUUCUGAGGGCAAAAACCAAGGGGUUACUCAACAUAGGCAAGGAUGGUGGAGUGCUCAGGUUUUGCUGCCUUCUCCAUGACACCAUCUAUCAACUGAGCAACCUCUCCAAGUCACUGCAGAGGUCAGUGUCAACCGUGGCUGAAGCUCAGAGCUGCCUUUCCUCCACUCAGGCUGUCAUAGAAAAGUACAAGUCAAGACCUGGGCCUAAGCUGAGAGCAGUGCUGGACACAGACACCUAUGAGGGAGUCCUCCUGAGGCCUACUGAUGCCGACCGGCAUGACAAGGCAAAGAAUGAGCUAAUCGAUUCUCUGUGCCGGUGCAUCACUGCUAGAUUUAGUGAUGUGAACAGUGGUGUCCUGCAGGCCAUGCGGCUGACCAGUUUCCAGUACUGGCCAGAGGCAGACACAAGUUCAGAUUUUGGUGAUGAAGAGGUAAACAAACUCAUAAGUCACUUCCGACCUCUUUUCCUGUCUGCUGGAGUGGAUGUGGAGUUGAUCCCUGAUCAAUGGACAAUUCUCAAGACUGAACUGUACACAGCAGGAUUCAGCCAAGGAAACUUUGAGCAGACCUGGCCUACUGUGAACAGAAUGCUGCGAUAUCGAUGUCCUGAUGUCCUUGAUCUUUUUGAUGCUCUCCUGACCAUCCCUGCAACUACAGCUGACUGUGAAAGAGGGUUCAGUGUUAUGAAGCAGGUAAAGAGUGACUGGCGCUCCCGCCUAAAAGGUGAAACCCUCUCUGACCUCCUUAAAACCCAGUUGUGCUCACCUGACAUCAAAGACUUUGAUCCAACCAAAGCCAUUGAGAUCUGGCAUGCUGACGGUUUGCGCUCACGCAGACCUGACUUUGUGCGCAAACAUGGACCAAAAGAAACAGAGGGUGGCUCAGAUUCUGAUGGCACCACCUCUGAAGAAGAAGAGCUCUGAAGA